GUGUUAAAGAUAUCCUAAAAUUCCAGAGAAUGACGGAUAUAAGUAAAAGAAGGGAAGAUGGAGAAAUGGAAGUGGAUGAAAAGGAUGAUGAUGAUACAUGUAUGGAUGUAGAAAAUGGUUCUAAAGGAGGGGAGAAGAUACGGGGAGAGAAUAACUGUUUUGCGUAUCUGAGAAACGAGAGCAGUGCUGUGGACUUCUUCUUCAACGUAGUCCCCAGCAGUACAAAGGAAGAAGUUCACAAGUAUCUAGAAGAAAGCUGGUCUGAGAGUGCACUGGUAACCCUGAGAAUAAUAUUUAACCUGGGAAAUGUACGGAAUGGAGGAGGGGGGAAACAAGAUCGGAAAAACUUCUACAGAUCUAUCCUUUGGCUCUGGGAGAAAGAACCAAUGGCAGUGAUCUUGAACGUAAGAAAUAUCCCUGAACAUGCCUCCCACAAGUGUUUGUUGAACCUUCUUAUGUACAUUGUACAUGAAGACCAGGAUACCCCCUAUUCACUACAGAAUCAGCUGCAAGGGGUGGAGGACCAUGCUAAACGAAGAAGGAAAUCUGGGAGAAAACAGGAUUUGACAUUUAGUAAGAUGCCGUUAAAGGAGGAAAGGAUGAUGAAGUUUGCUAAACAGGAAGGGUUUGAUUCGUUUAAGGAGCUGAGAACAGAAAGGGGUGACGAUGAGAUAGAGAAAAUGGUAAAGAAGAGAAAAACUGAUGUUAGAUGUCUCACAAAAUGGAAAACCCCGGAGAUUUCCCAAAAAUACCGUUCCUUCUGCCAGGAACUCGACUCUAUCGCUAAGAAGGAUGAGUUGUUAAACCUGAAAGCAGAAAAGAAAAAGAUUGCUGGUAUAAUAAAGGAACGAAGGAAGAACCCUCAAAUCCAGGCCCUGUAUGAAGCGGUUGUUCACUGUAUUUCUGACGGAUUAGUGAAGGAGCAUGAUGAUCUACGUAAGAAAAAAAGUGUUGGAGGUCUCUAUGGAAAAUGGGCACCAAACCAAAGGGGAAUGCACAACAAAGCAACAUGGAUUGCCGCUGACCUGAUCAAUCAUGUGCUGCCUAGGCUUGGUAUGAGCCUGGAUAACAGUGGGCAGAAGUAUCAGAAGCUUCUGUCUGAAAUCCGCGAAGCAAGUCAGGUCCCAGAACAUUUUACUGGGUCCAAGAGGUUUGGAGAGGUUAAUUACGAUCGAAUGGCGUCAAGAUGUCGGUUGCUUUGGGGUCGGAAAGUGUUUCAGAAACAUGACCAGAAGAGGUAUGAUAAAUAUCUGGAGAAAUCUGCUGUAACUGCUCUUACUGAUAAAAAGUCUAAAGACGGUGUGAAGACUGGAGCUCUGCUCCCCCAUGAACUGGUGGAUAAGGUUUCUCAGCUUACUAAGAGAUCCGAGAACUAUAAACAGGCGACCCUGGAGAUAAACCUGCAGUGGUGGGGUUUAAUUAAAUCCACCAGAGAAGCUAUUGAGGCGGGUGAGGGUAUUGGUAACUGCCUACCUAUGUGUGAUGUAUCAGGAUCUAUGGCUGGAACACCCAUGAGUGUAGCUAUAGCACUGUCAAUGCUUCUUGCUGAAUCCCUCCCUAGAGAUUCUCCUCUUCAUGGUAAAAUAAUGACCUUUCAUUCACGACCAUCUCUCUGUACUCUUAAGAAUGUUCCAGAUUAUGAUAUGGUGAUAGAUAAAUCCAACCUAGAGGACUUAGACGGUAUACUCAAGAGUCUUGGAGACUUUGGUGCUAGAGUGUCUGAUGUCCGAGGAUAUGAUUGGGGUGGGUCUACCAAUAUAGAAGCAGCUUUUGAUCUACUUCUUCAAAUAGCAAGGACAUUUAAGCUUUCUAGCAGCUAUGUUGAAAACAUGUGUCUUGUCAUAUUCUCUGAUAUGGAGUUUGAUGAAGCUAUAGGCAGGGGAACUGAAGCAACCAUGUACGAGCAUAUACAACAAAAGUUUGAAAAGUUUGGUUAUCAAAUCAUACCCCGGACAGUGUUCUGGAAUCUAAGAGCAAGUGUCUCCCAGCCUGUUCAGAGCGCUAAACAUGACCGGGUCGCACUUCUCUCAGGGUUUUCCUCGGGGCUGCUGAAGAGUUUCCUGAAAGGGGAUUGGACUGAUUUUACUCCGAUAGGUCAGAUGAUUGUUGCACUGAGAGGGCCUUUGUAUGAUAAACUAGUUCUCCCGGAUAUGGCAAUUCAGUGAAAAGAGAGAAAAUAAAGGCUACUAAAAUUUUUGGGAAUAAGAUAAUCCAACCGCAAUAGAUUUCGAUAAUGGAAGAGGAUUAAUCAAGUGGAUCCACAACGUGCCAUCCCGCCGGUUGGGCAGCUUAGUGCUACAGCAGACUCAUUUUAGGAUCCAUUGCGGGUGGAUUUUCAAAAAAAAUCUUUCACAAGAAAAAUCAUCAUAAAUUCUUUUUUAGACCUUAAAGAAAAAAUUGUAAUAUUCUUAGUCCCAUAAAAUGUGUUGAUUUUCUUUAAUUGAAUCGCACACUAUAACAACAUAAUUUUUAAUUUAAUAUACUAGUAAAUCUUUCCAGUUUCAAUUUCCGCAACUGAUGAAAAUAAUCACUUACACUGAUUACUUUACUUUUUUAACAUAUCUGUAAUAUACAACUUUAAUUAUUGUUAAACUUAAUUAAUUAUAAGAUUAAUUCUGAUUUAUACAGUGGUAUCUAUGAAAUUAUCGUUCUGGUUACCACUGUUCUUGUGUGAAAUAUGAUGAAUAAAUUGAUUUGAAUUUAAAGAUUUUCGAACUUUUUUAACUGUGCAAGGUAUUAACUGUAAGUAAAUUUAUUUUCAAGAGUUUAAAAAUUUGUGGCGCUUCCUGACCCCUAUUUCAUCUUCUGAUUAAAUCCGGUGUGAACUUCUUUUUAUAACGAUGAAAGGGACUUUACAGUGUACACACAACUUGUGACCCCUUAUUUACAGAGUGGCAUUCCAUAUCAAUCUCUAUCUGAGUAAAAGAUCAAAUAUUGUAUUUUUCCUUGAACAUUGUUAUAUUCUCACACCUUCCUUCAUUGGCUCCGCAAAAUGAAUCUGUAGGUCACUUUUAUUGAGAAACUGCAAUUCAAACUAAUAAAAAGAAUAAAAAACAUGAAUAUUUUAUUUCAUAUUUUACGUGCAUACUGUCGUACAAUUAUGGUUUUCAAAAAAAAUGGCGGUUUCAGAUUUGAUUAUCGAUUUUAAAACUUGCAAAAUUGCGUAUUGUAAACCCACCCAGCUAGUUCAUUCAACCCAAGCUAAAUUGUAUCAUGAGUUGAGUAACUGGACAAACAAAUAGUAUUGAUUGUAUUUAACCCGUUACUACUGGAGCUGGUAUCAACGGCCAGAGGAAAUUUCCAGGGUAGCAAGGUUCAAAUCCUGGGAAUCCUUAUCAGGGGAACACGGAUAACGGUGCUUUCGUCGGAAGAGAAAGCAAUCUGAACGUCCAUUUUGUCCCCGAGAAAAGGGUUAGUCUUGAUGAAGGAGGAGAAGAGAGCGGUCGAUCACAGCUCCAGUAGCUCCGAGAGGAGAAUUAGAUCCAUCUAUGAUUCCAGGAUUGACUUCGGUUGAUCCUCAGUUUGUAUUUUAAUAAUAAUGUAAAAUAAAUGUCUGUGCAAA